AUGAAGUACCUCAACGCCCUCGUUAUAGUGGCGGCCCUGGUCUCUCAGACCACGGCAUUGGCAAUCUCUCGCCGGAGCGUGGCUGCUGGCCCAGUGGCCGAGGAGGUUGUGCCCACCUACGACAAGCGCAGCGUGGCAGCUGGUCCAGUUGCUGAAGAAGUUGUGCCCACCUACGACAAGCGCAGCGUGGCAGCUGGUCCAGUUGCUGAAGAAGUUGUGCCUACCUACGAUAAACGCAGCGUGGCUGCUGGCCCAGUGGCCGAAGAAGUUGUGCCUACCUACGACAGAAAGUGA